UUAAUAACACUACGCUUUCGGUUCUAACCUUGUUAAUUAAUCUGGCGCCACGCGACAACCAUAAAAUGGCUCCGCUCGCGCCAAAAUUCAUCCAUUUCGCAGAAGUCCUAGGGAAACGAAACCUCCAGUUUUCUCCACAACUGCCCCAUGACUCCCCUCCUUUCUGAAUAUCUUCAUGCUAAACCCUUCAACCCUCCGCCACUAAUUCCACCUUCGUUCUCUCAUGGGACUGUAUCUUCACACCUUAGUUAACCCGUAUUUUCUCAGAUAGAGUCCCCUCUGUUACCCCUUUCUGUGAUCCAUUUGGAGCCCACACGAUCAAACGAGCCUCCUCUUGAAAUCCCUUUGGAUUAUGUCUGCUUGGCGUGCUAUGCUCCGCCAAUUUGAUUUAGAAAGGGACCCUUUUACGGUCAUCUCUUUUUUCAAAGCCAUGCAAAGAGGGAAAUGGAAUGACUCAGUCAGUGAUCCUUUUGUGUAUGCGUCUUUGUUAAAAGCUUCUAAUAAGGUUUUGGGUGUUAAAGUAGGGAAAUCUAUACAUAGUCGUGUAAUGAUGCUUGGAUUGGAUGGUAAUGUGAAUGUUCUGAAUAGUUUGAUUUAUUUUUAUAUGAGUUAUAACAGGUCGUUGAAUUAUGCUUGUGUCUUGUUCGAUAGAAUUUCUGAGAGAACGGUUGUUACCGUUAAUUGUAUGGUUUCUGGGUUUUUGAAGAAUAAGCAAUUCGACGCCGGCUUGAAGUUAUUCAAUGAAGUUCUGACUGGCGCUUAUGGUCUGGGUUUGAAGCCAAAUUAUGUUACUUUGAUGGUUUUGAUUUCUGGCUGCGUUGAAAAUGGGGGAUACGAGGUUGGGAAAUUGCUUCAUUCUUACUGUUGCAAGACAGGCUUCGAUGUGAUAAUUCAGGUCUGUAAUACGCUUAUUGAUUUCUAUUGCAAAUAUGGAUAUGUAGACGAUGCAAGGAGACUGUUUGAUUCAAUGAUUGAGAAGGACUUGGUUUCAUGGAAUACCAUGGUUGCAGGAUAUGCUAGGAGUAAUAAUUGUGGGAAAGCUUUCUCUUUAUUCAGGGAAAUGAGAUAUGGCAACAUUGGGUAUGAUAGAGUAUCAUUCGUUAACUUUAUUUUGGUUUGUGCUAAUGGUGGAGACCUCGACCUGGGGAAGGUGGCUCAUGGACAUUUAAUAGCAAGCGGAAAAGAGAUAUCAGUUUCUCUUGGGACUGUGCUCGUCAAUAUGUACUCCAAAUGUGGUCUGAUUGAGUUUGCCAGGAAAGUUUUUGAUGAGCUACCUGAUAAGAAUGUUGCAUCUUGGAACUCGAUGAUACGUGGGUAUGUUGAAAUUGGACUUAACAGGGAAGCUUUAAGGCUCUUCAAUUUGAUGAAAUGUAGGAAGCUAGAGCCAGAUGAAGUAACAAUGCUAGGAUUAAUCUCUGCUUGCAGGAAAUCUGGAGAACUAUCACAUGGCACUGAUAUUCAUUCCUAUAUAGUGAGUAAAGAUCAUCUCAAUGGGAGAAUUGUUCUGCAAAAUGCUCUUAUAGACAUGUAUGCGAAAUGUGGAAACAUGGCUCAAGCUAAAUCCAUAUUUGUUAAGAUGACCAAAAAGGAUGUUAUCUCAUGGACAUCAAUCAUAAUGGGUCAUGCUAUCAAUGGAGAAGGAGAGGAAGCUCUCCUUGCAUUUAGGCAGAUGCUUGCAGAGGAAGUUGAGCCAAAUUCUGUCACAUUCAUUGGUGUUCUGUUAGCAUGUGAUCAUUCUGGUCUAGUUGAAGUAGGUCAAAAAUUGUAUAAUACUAUGUGCAAGGUUUACAAUAUUGAGCCACAGAUUGAGCACUGUGGCUGCAUGGUUGACAUGCUCGCACGAGCAGGAAUGCUAGAGGAGGCCAAUAAGUUUGUGAAAAAAAUGCCUGUAGAACCAAAUGCAGUUAUUUGGAGGAUGAUGAUUAAUGCUUGCAGAGUACAUGGUAAUGUUGAUCUGGGGUUAAGUUUGGUUAGUAGACUAAUAGAGGCUAAGGCUUCAACAAGUACUCAAGAUCAUGUUAUUUCUUCUAACCUUUUCGCUGAAGCAGGGAGGUGGGAUGAUGUUCUCUAUGAAAGAAACACAAUGACAGCUUGGAAAGGUUCAAAAGUUGCUGGAAAAAGCUCAGUUUCAGAUUUAAGAGAUUGAGGUCUCAAGGUGGUGUUGUUGAAUGAGAUUUAUCAAUUGUUCAGUGCAAGGGUUAACGCGAGCCCUGAGUUUCUCCGUGUAUAGAUUAAGCAAGCAAAUAUGUGGCAGAGCCUUGUGUUUUAGUCUAACGCCAAAAUGCAAUAGGGGACCAUUUGGAAGACACGGAAAAGAAUGGUGGAACAAUCAAAGCUAUUGGAGGUGGUCUAAAGCUGAAAUCGGGGUCUUCGCUAAUGGACCUAAAACUUGAUAAAAACCCAGCUGAAUUCUCGGUCGUAGAGUAUUAAUCAACGUGAUUCCUAUAAAAUGGUUGAGUACGGUGGACCACUAUCAUGGAUGAGUAAUAAAGAUACAAGUACUUGGCCAUUUCAAUCUUGUGGUUCUAAAGUCAAAUUGAACUUAAAAGGAAUUAUGACAACCCGCUGAGUGGGAGUUUCACAUGCAUCUAACUAAUAGUUCCCGAAUUACUUAA